AAAACAUCUAACCCCAACCCCGUUGCCUCACAUCUCUUCUCAUCCAUCACCUGGUAUCAUAUACCCAAUCUCCUGACCCCCAACUCAUGAACCCAUAGCCCUCGUGCUCUUCCUUCCCCCUUAUCACCUUCUGUGUAGAUAACUAUCCUCGUAACCACUUUCCCCCUCCACCAUGAACGCCAUAUCGUCAACCUUUUUAUCCGCCACGUCCAUCAUCAGUCCGGCUCCAGCUCAAGGCCGAUCUCUCGUGCCACUCCCCGGCGCCCCGCUCUCAAGUGAUCCCAAUCUCAUCCCCGACAAAUACCUCGACUCUCCCUCGUCCCCCCCUCCAUCUUCUAGUAUCAUAGACGAAAAGUCAAAUGGCCAUACCACCUCGGCUCAUCCUUAUCCCGCUCGCUACCCUCCCGUCCUCGUUGACAACACCCCAGCGACCGAUUCACCAGACAUACCCCAUCUCAACCUCGUCCGGUCACCUCCUAGCCAGCUGCUUGACGCACCAGCGAGAGCAGCGAUGAACAUGCCAAACUCUGCCACUGCCUCUGGUCAAGCGCGUGCGUUUAGAGGAGAGGCUCAAACACCGGAUUAUCAUGUGGAGAAUGGGACUUCUUAUCUUGCACCCCAAGGGGGUAGGAAGGAGGAUGAGUCGGUACCUCUACUCGCUCCCACACCACGGCAUGCCAAUGGUUUUGCACCCAUCUCUCGACCUUCUUCCGCGGCAUCCACUUCAUCAAACAGAGGCGUGCUGAGAAGAAUAUUCAUCGAUAGAGCAACAACACCUUCUCAGCAUCUCACACGACCAACCUUUCCUCCCCCAUCACUCUCUACAUAUGCGCCGCAACCACACCAGCCUCUCACCCUUUGGGCUAAGAUUGAUCUAAUUCUGGUACAGACUAUGUCUGUGUUGAUGUCGACAUUCUUCCUAGCGUUCGUGGUCGGCUGGGCUGUAGCGGCGGAAGUGGCAAAAGCAUUCCCCAAAUGGGUAUGGCCGGAUAAGCCCAAACACUUCCCAUGGGACGAUGAAAAGUAUUGGAGAAAAGAGGGGAGGAAAGUGUCCAAAGAUCCAAGAGAUUAUGCUAGACAGGUGGGUAUGGAUAUUGAGCACCAGACGGUGGAGACAGAGGAUGGGUAUUAUUUGAGAAUGCACAAAGUCAUUGACCCUGACGCUCAACCACAUUCUGAUGGUAGAGGUGGAUUCCCUGUUCUAGUUCUACACGGUCUGUUCCAAUCCUCCGGCUCCUUCGUCACCUCUGAAGAUCGCUCUCUCGCUUUCUGGCUCGCUAGACAGGGGGGUUAUCAGGUGUAUCUAGGCAAUACUCGGGGUAUUUUCGACAUGGGUCAUCGCACCUUUUCUCGAAAUGACCCAAGAUUUUGGGACUGGACCAUCAGAGAGCUAGCAAUGUAUGAUCUUCCAGCGAUGAUCGAUCAUGUUUGUAAAGACAGCGGAUAUGAUAAGGUUGCUUUCAUCGGACACUCCCAAGGCAACGGCCUUACCUUCAUCUCCCUCUCUCUCGGCAUGUGCCCAUCUCUCGGAAAGAAGAUGAGCGUCUUCAUCGCUUUAGCCCCUGCCGUUUAUGCUGGUCCCCUGACGACUGGAUUCCCAUUCACUACUCUGAACCGGUUGGAAUGGACCACAUGGAAGAGAGUUUUCGGGGUUUUGGACUUUAUACCUCUGAUGAGAUGGGCAUAUGAUUAUUGUCCGGCCAAGAUAUUUGCAACGCUAGGUUACAUCAUGUUUGCUUUUCUCUUCUCUUGGACAGAUACCAACUGGCUCCGGCGUCGUAAAACCAAAAUGUUUCGAUUCACUCCCACGCCCGUCAGUUCGGCGUCGAUCUUUUGGUGGUGCGGAAAAGGUGGAUUCGCCGAUCGGAAAUGCACAUUGGACGAUACCCUCGAUCGUUGGUUCGAUGACAGGUUCCCUCCUUUGGCGUUGUAUUACGGUGGACGAGAUUUCUUGGUGUUGGUAGAACCGCUUAUCGAACGUUUGAAGAGUAAAGAAAAGGAUGUGAAGGUGAUAAAGGUUAUCAAGCUGGAUCAAUCAGAGCACUGUGAUUUUUACUGGGCGGCGGAGGCGGUAGAAUGGGCGUAUGAGUCUUUUAUGGAUGAUAUUGAAAAAACCCGACCGAAGUAUCCUGAAGAAUUGAAAGAAAAAGAAGAAUCAUAG